CCAGCAUUUCCGGGGACACCGCGCGUAGGACGCAGGGUGUUCACCGGACACUCCGGGUCCCCAGGGACGACGACCGGCCGGCCAGUUGGAAUCCUAUCGGACUCCUCGGACUUCGGGGCCGAGCGGAGGUAGUCCUAUCGUGGGACGUAACUCCUUCCAGGUCCAGAGGCGGAGGCCGAGGGAAGGACUCCCGGCCGAACCGCGGGGCGGGGCUCCAGCCUGCGAUUCCACUUGAGCAACCUGAGCCGGAGGAGGACGCCGCUGCCUGCUGCGGUCCGAGCUCCACGCGCCGCGAUGGGCCGGGCGAGCCGCUCCGCUGUCCUGCGGCGCGCGCUGCUGCUGCUGCUGCUACUGCUGCUGCUGUGGACGACGACGACGACGCGGGCGCUCGGCCCCCGGAUCAGUGUGCCGCUGGGCUCUGAAGAAAGGCUGAUUAGAAAAUUUGAAGCUGAAAACAUCUCCAACUACACGGCCCUUCUGCUGAGCCAGGAUGGCAAGACGCUGUAUGUGGGGGCCCGAGAGGCCCUCUUUGCACUUAACAGCAACCUCAGCUUCUUGCCAGGCGGGGAGUACCAAGAGCUGCUAUGGAGUGCAGAUGCUGACAGGAAGCAGCAGUGCAGCUUCAAGGGCAAGGACCCAAAGCGUGACUGUCAAAACUACAUCAAGAUCCUCCUGCCACUCAACAGCAGCCACCUGCUCACCUGUGGCACGGCCGCCUUCAGCCCCCUGUGUGCUUACAUUAACAUAGCAAGCUUUACUUUAGCCCAAGAUGAGGCUGGCAAUGUCAUUCUGGAGGAUGGCAAGGGUCGUUGUCCCUUUGACCCCAACUUCAAGUCCACGGCUCUGGUGGUUGAUGGUGAGCUGUACACUGGAACAGUCAGUAGCUUCCAGGGAAACGAUCCAGCCAUUUCCCGGAGCCAGAGUUCCCGCCCCACCAAGACCGAGAGCUCCCUCAACUGGCUACAAGACCCUGCCUUUGUGGCCUCUGCCUACGUCCCCGAGAGCCUGGGCAGCCCCAUAGGUGAUGAUGAUAAGAUCUACUUCUUCUUCAGCGAGACGGGCCAGGAGUUUGAGUUCUUUGAGAACACCAUCGUGUCCCGAGUUGCCCGAGUCUGUAAGGGCGAUGAGGGUGGAGAACGGGUGUUGCAGCAACGCUGGACCUCCUUCCUCAAGGCUCAGCUCCUGUGCUCCCGGCCCGAUGAUGGCUUUCCCUUUAACGUGCUACAAGAUGUCUUCACCCUGAACCCCAACCCUCAGGAUUGGCGCAAGACCCUUUUCUAUGGGGUCUUUACCUCCCAGUGGCACAGAGGGACCACGGAAGGCUCUGCCAUCUGUGUCUUCACCAUGAAUGAUGUGCAGAAAGCCUUUGAUGGCCUGUACAAGAAAGUGAACAGAGAGACACAGCAGUGGUAUACUGAGACCCACCAGGUGCCCACACCACGGCCGGGAGCGUGCAUAACCAACAGUGCCCGGGAACGGAAGAUCAGCUCGUCCCUGCAGCUCCCAGACCGAGUGCUGAACUUCCUCAAGGAUCACUUCUUGAUGGAUGGGCAGGUCCGCAGUCGCCUGCUGCUGCUGCAGCCCCGAGCCCGCUACCAGCGUGUGGCUGUGCACCGUGUGCCUGGCCUGCACAACACUUAUGAUGUCCUAUUUCUGGGCACUGGUGAUGGCCGCCUGCACAAGGCAGUGACCCUGAGCUCCAGAGUCCACAUCAUUGAGGAGCUGCAGGUCUUCCCUCAAGGACAGCCUGUGCAGAACCUGCUCUUGGACAGCCAUGGGGGACUAUUGUAUGCCUCCUCCCAUUCCGGGGUGGUGCAAGUGCCCGUAGCCAACUGCAGCCUGUACCCAACCUGUGGAGACUGCCUCCUGGCUCGAGACCCCUACUGUGCCUGGACUGGCUCUGCCUGCAGGCUCGCUAGCCUCUACCAGCCGGAUCUGGCCUCCAGGCCAUGGAUCCAGGACAUUGAGGGUGCCAGUGUCAAGGAACUCUGCAAGAAUUCCUCAUACAAGGCCCGGUUUCUUGUGCCAGGUAAGCCAUGUAAACAAGUCCAGAUCCAACCAAACACAGUGAACACCCUGGCCUGCCCACUCCUCUCAAACCUGGCCACUCGGCUCUGGGUGCACAAUGGAGCCCCAGUCAAUGCCUCUGCCUCCUGCCGAGUGUUACCCACCGGGGACCUGCUGCUGGUGGGCAGCCAGCAGGGGUUGGGGGUGUUCCAGUGUUGGUCGAUAGAAGAAGGAUUCCAGCAGCUCGUGGCCAGCUACUGCCCAGAGGUGAUGGAGGAGGGGGUAAUGGACCAAAAGAACCAGCGCGAUGGUACCCCGGUCAUUAUCAACACAUCACGAGUGAGUGCACCGGCUGGUGGCAGGGCCAGCUGGGGUGCGGACAAGUCCUACUGGAAUGAAUUCCUGGUGAUGUGUAUUCUGUUUGGGUUUGCUGUGGUGCUUCUGGUUCUGUUCUUUCUCUACCGACAUCGGGAUGGCAUGAAACUCUUCCUAAAGCAGGGCGAAUGUGCCAGUGUGCACCCCAAGACUCGCCCUGUAGUGCUACCACCUGAGACCCGACCGCUGAAUGGUGUUGGUCCUCCUAGCACCCCACUUGACCACCGAGGCUACCAGGCUCUGUCGGAUAGCUCCCCAGGGCCCAGAGUCUUCACUGAAUCAGAGAAGAGGCCACUGAGUAUCCAGGACAGCUUUGUAGAGGUGUCUCCCGUGUGUCCCCGGCCCCGAGUUCGACUGGGCUCUGAGAUCCGAGACUCUGUGGUAUGAGAGCUGACUUUAGAUGUGGCCACCCUGACCUCAGGGGUUGUGAGUGUUCAGUGGAGGCCAGCUACCUCUGCUUCUCACAGAACACAGCCACGGUACCCUGCCUGGAUGGCAGCUGGUACCACAGGCCCAACAGCCCAGCCAGCUGCUUCCAGUGUCUGGCCGAGAGCUGGGCUGCCUCCAGGGGCCAGAGGGUCCUUGUCUGGGUGGCAGAACUCUGCUACUUAACUGAGCCCUUUGUUUAAAACUGCAAAUGUGAAGCCAGAGAGGAAGGAGAAACAGACAAGGAAGACUACGACAUAGCCACUCCAGUUCAGCCUGCUGGGCUCUUGGGGACUUCUCCAAAGUGGCUUCGUGAGCAAGCUGAAGUUGAGAAUCCCUCCCCGACUGGACUAUUCUACCUUCCGCCUUACUCUGCUGCUGAGGCUACCCUUUCUCACUGCAGAAUCAGGGCCCUGCUCCAGCUUCAGCCAACCGAGGACAUAUCUGUGACCGCUGACACCACCUCAGGGACCAGAGGGCUAGGCUGACUCUGCAGCCCUCCUUACCAGACCUUGGGCUCAGUCCCAGUUCCCGGACUUCUCCAGCCUGUAUCAGGCUGUGGCCUCAAAAGCAAGGGAGUGACCCCAAGGGGGGUUGUGACAGAAAACUUGCCUGCUGUCCUUUUCCCAGUCAGAGAACUAUGUCCCGACCCAUCGUCGACGUCUUUUUUUUUUUUUUUUUGGUUUUUCGAGACAGGCUUUCUCUGUGUAGCCCUGGCUGUCCUGGAACUCACUUUGUAGACCAGGCUGGUCUCGAACUUAGAAAUCCGCAUGACUGCCUCCCAAGUGCUGGGAUUAAAGGUGUGUGCCACCACUGCCCGGCCCCACCCAUCUUCUAAUUCCUACACAGACUCCUGGAUCCUCAUUCCUUGUCCUAGUUCACCGUGCCCAUCACUCUAAGGGAUGCUGACACUGCCCAUCACAAGGACCCUGAAUUUACAUGGGUUUUAUAUUUUUUUUAAUAAGAUGCACUUUACUUUCUUUUUUAAAUAAAAUCGGACAAAUUAUAGUUAUUUGUGGCCCACAUUCCUGAAGGACUUUGCUUUAUGUGUAAUAUGAGUACAUGUGUGUCCACGUGGAGACCAGAGGGCUCUCCUUGCUUUGUGUGUAUGUGAUAUAAAUAUAUGUAUAUGCGG